UUUGAGGUAGCUGACCGAAACCCAAAACAAGCCGCGCGCCUGCUGUACGGUUGGCGAUGCCAGCAGAUGGUUGCUUGCCCUUCCGUCAGACAUGUGCCGUAUUCCGCGGAACAAGCUGCUGACCGCCGUCAGUCGGCGAUCCAUCAUCGAAAAAACAUGCUACUGCUCGUAUCGGUGCUGUGUCUGACCACGUGGUUGACGGCCGUUAGCUGCGGCAAAGUGUCCUGGCCAGCCCUGGAACAAAAGGAUGAGUAUUUCCAACCACUGAUGCAAUCAUUUUCAAAAUUUCCUUUUCACGAUAUCUACGAGACGGCUCCCCACCCAUCGGAUCUGAUGCUGCCGGGAGCACGGUUGAACAAGAUGAAACCGAUGCGCGAGUGGUCACGGAAGACGGCGAAGGAAUCCGGUAACGUAAAAUCCGAUGGAAGUACGCAGUGCCGGUUAUGUGAUCUGCUGUCGUCGAUUAUGGAUGGGACGAAUGAACAACGAAGAAACGCCUCUAAAAAGCGAGUUCGACCGGUGAAAAUGCGAAAGCUCAUGAAAUAUUGCAGGAAGAAUUAG